AUGCCAAUCGUUUCUGAAAUCAGGGCAGAGUUGAGACUGCAUGCAGAUGUACAAAGUGUGGAUGAUGAGUGGUCUGGUAUCACGAACCCAGUUAUUCGGCGGAAGUUGCAAAAUCGAUUAAACCAGCGAGCCGCAAGAAGACGCAAGGCUUCACAAAAGGGUACCAGCAACGACGUCCCCUCGACAUCUAGCGAUGCUAGCGCCACGAGGUCCAGACCCCUCGCCAGACAGAUCGAUCUUCAUGAUGCAGCUCCUCUACAGGUGAAAAGCUUGAACUUUCCCGGUACCAAAUGGCGUGUGACGGAAGCAGAAUCAGUCAUCGAAGUCGAUCCGUCGGCCUUCGUCUCCAUCCGAAGCAAGCACACCUGCCAGCGCUGGUACGAAGUGCUGCUGGAGAAUCGAUUGGCGCAGAUCAAAGACCUGGCAGGGCGAUUGCAGAUUGAGCGGGAAAAUGCGUGGAAGUUGACUCUGCCAGCGGACCACCUCAUCUCCUUGGUAUACUACAACGUAUAUCGCGGACUGCUCGCCAAUGUGGAAGUAUUGGGCCUGGAUCUGAAUCUCAUGUACACGGACGAAUAUCCUUCACCAUUCUUACCUCUUUCAUCGAGCGCCUCGUCCAAUCUGCGCCGUCUACCUCCUGGGCUACAGCCGACCGAGCUGCAAAAGAGCAUCGCGCAUCAUCCUCAAUGGGACAUUUUCCCUGACCCUAUGGUGCGCGAUAAUAUCCUGCGGUAUGGUGAGAGCAACAUUGACGAUUACGAGUUUUGUCUGGACCUGGUAGGAAAUGGCAACUUUGAUAACCUUGAAGGAUGCUCUACACAGGAAAAGAACGGACUGAUCUGUUGGGGUGAGCCCUGGGACAUGGGUGGCUGGGAGGUGACGGAGGCGUUUGCCAGGAAAUAUCCAUUCAUUCUUCGGGGAGCCUUGAAUUUCCAACAAUGCAGCAAUGAAUGGCGGGUCAAGCGAGGUGAAGAACCUCUUGAUUUUGAGAGAGUCCUGGAAAUUGAGUGA